AUGAGCAUCUUACUCGGAUACGACUAUUUCGAUACAGCGGCAGAAGAUAUAAACACCUUAAAACAAAAAUUAACAGUAGUUCAAAAGGGACAACAGGAAAACACAGCAGCAAUAGUUGCACAUACCAAUGACAUUAAAAAACUAAACAGUCUCGGACAACAUUCGGAACAAUACAACUUUACUCAAAUACCUGGAUAUUCUCCCGGGGUUUUACAAACUCCCAUUAUUUCCGACUUAGACAGAAAAAACGCAAAAUUCACCAGGUUAAACAUCAGCGACGGGAAGAAUACGGCAACAUCCUCCUCCCUGUACGGGUUUUACGUGGGUAGUGCAGGAACCAUUGUUGUUUUUACACGCGAUCAAAGCAGUAGAAUCAUCCAAGCUUCAUUCACAUUUUUCGUUCCUGGUGAUACUACAAAGUCUAAAGUACAAAUUUUCGGUAUGAAAUCCAGGGACAUAGACUCUGCUGGAAAUGUAACCAACAAAACAAAAACUACCAACAUAAAUUACUCGCUUCUGACAACAUAA